UCCAGCAGCCAGUCGAGGGUUAGAGCCUCACCUCUACGGUUGUGCUUCGCUCGUCGUCCUCUCCUGUCAAGGGGAACGUACUACAUCAGUGUGUGUGUGUGUCUGUCUCUCUCUCUCGUCCCUGGUGAAUCACACGGGGGAGCGUGAAUCUCCUUCUAUGUUACCCCCGCAAAUUGACAAGACAAGUUGCCAGACGUUUGAUUGCCAUCAUUAAGACUUGAUAUUUGCUCGUCAAUUAUUUGUGAUUUGAAACAAGCGCGCGCCAUUUGUUCCUCGUAGACGACGAGAUUGGCGGACCUCGUCGGGAGUGAUUGCGUCAUCCUGCAACCGGUCGACCGGCAGCAUAAAGAAGAAGAAGAAAAACAAAAGGAACAAUCCGACGUCUCAAAUGGUUUCAUAUUGACAUAUUGGUGCAAAAAGAAAAAGAGAUAGAUAGACUGAUAUUGCUGAGAGACUGCAGUGGGCAGUAUCAGUCUGUCGCGGAUAUCGAAUAUUUGAAGAGCACCGGACAAGGCGGACGACGCGUGUCAAUAAUCAAAAGAAAAACACGCACAAAAUAUUUAAAUAAAAUAUAUAAACCCAGUGAACUUUUGUUGACAGAAAUCAAAUUUUCGAACAUUUGAAACAAGAAACAAACGAUCCGACGAAAAACUCGAUUUUUUUCGCUGAAAAAUGACGUCGCCGACAGCGAGCAGCCAAUCGAUGAUGGUUUCGUUUACCUUCGUGAUUCUGGCAGUUACCGUGACUGUCCAAGCGGCUAAAUCUACUAUGCCCACCACGGAGCAACCGGUGCCACUCAUCUACACGGAAGUGAUAAUCGGCAACACGGCCGAGUUGACUUGUGACCUGAAGUCGUCCGUUCCCGGUGACUACGUCCUGCUCGUCCUCUGGUACAAAGACGGAGAAACGAUGCCAUUCUACAGCGUGGAUGCUCGAGGCAAGUACAUGAAAGAUGCCCAGCACUGGUCGGACGACAAGAUGAUGCUUUACGGACGGGCUCAUCUCAAAGCCAACAGCGACAAAGUCCGUCUGCUGCUGGAGCCGGUCCUCCGCGAGGACGAAGGAGUCUACAAAUGCAGAGUCGAUUUCAAAAAGUCUCCGACUAGACACUACCGCAUUCAUCUCGCCGUUAUAACUCCCGCCUCCAAGCCCGUCAUUACCGAUUCAAAAGGAAUUGAAGUGAGGAACGUCAGUGGACUCUACGACAGUGGAACUCCACUCACUCUCAUCUGUACCGUCACGCAAGGUCAACCGGUGCCCAGAGUCAUUUGGUAUGAAGACGGGCGCGCCAUCGAGGGCCUGCUGGAGUAUCUUCCCAACAAGCAGAUCCGCAAUGUGCUGCACAUCGCCCAACUAAGUCGAGCCAAUCAUAACGUCCGCUAUUCUUGCGCUGCCUCCAACAGUCGGAUCCUGCCGCCACUCGUGUCAGCCAUCACCAUCCUCAUGCGCCUGCCGCUGUUGGAGGUUAAAAUUGAAAAAGAAAGCCGGGCCGUCUCGGCCAAUAAACCCCAACAGGUGACGUGUCGAGCAGUCGGCUCGAGUCCACCCCCGCACAUCUCCUGGUGGAAGGCCGGCUCCCGUCUCCAAGCCAGUCACGAAACGACUUCGUCCGACGGCAACAUCAGCUACAGCAGUUUGACAUUUGUGGCCAGCGCAGAGGACGGCGGCCAGUACUUGACCUGCCGUGCAGAGAAUCACGAACUACCCGCCUCGGUCAUGGAAGACACUUUGAAACUCGACGUCCAAUAUGUUCCCGUCGUCCAUUUGGAGCUGGGCAGCAAACUGCAGAUUGCCGCCAUCAAAGAAGGAGACGACGUCUACAUGGAGUGUAAUAUCCGGGCACACCCUUGGGUCACCAAAGUCACAUGGAAACACAACGGCCGCGCCUUGCAGCAAAACAGCAGCGCCGGGAUCAUCAUGAGCAACCAGAGCCUCGUGCUGCAGCGGAUCGAUCGACAGACAGCGGGAAUCUACACUUGCCUGGCCACUAACAUCGAAGGACAAGGAGAGAGCAAUGCAUUGGCAUUGCCUGUCAAAUUUCGACCCCAUUGCCAGCCAGGUCAACAGACGGCUUACGGAGCAUCUCGUAAUGAAGCGGUGACGGUUCGAUGUGCCGUCGACGCCCAUCCAGCCACCGAUUUGAGCUUCCGCUGGAUGUUCAACUCGACUUUGGCAGUGGCCGAAGUGCCCAACGGUUCCAUUUCCACAUCCGGAUGGCAGAGUAAUGUCACACAUCGAGUCUACCAAAAUGAACAGCAAGAUUACGGCACUCUCCUCUGCUGGGCAAAGAACGCCAUCGGUGAACAGCGCGAUCCCUGCGUUUUCAGCAUCCAACCAGCUGGCGAGCCUUCGGCGCCGUACAAUUGCACCGUUAACAACAUUACAUCCAACGGCUUGUCAGUCAACUGUCUGCCAGGCUACGAUGGCGGUUUAACUCAAUUUUUCAACCUGCAAGUGCUUCAAGCCAAGACGGACAACAAGGCCGUGUUCAACGCUACCGGCGUCCAAUCAGGAGACUUUGGCGUCUACUCACUAGAUCCGUCGACUUCCUAUGAGUUGCACAUUUGGGCGGAAAACACCAAGGGUCGCAGUUCGUCGGUCGUUCUCAUGGCCGAAACGAGUAUCAGUCAAGCUGUGGAGCGCCGAGCUGGACUAGUGGGUCCGACGACUCAAGCCGUCGUCUUUCACAUGACGCCAAUACUCGGGGCCCUGAUCGGGAUCGUCGCCACGCUCAUAAUCGUGGCCGUCGCCAUAGUUUUCAUCGUCAGGACUCGAGAGCGGGACGAUGGCACGCCCAACGGUUCGGCGAGCAAACUCUCCGUCAACACGACUCAAACGAAAAGUGUAAGCCAGUUGAAUGUGGAGCCGGGCACGACCGGCAGCAUCACGGCAGCCAAUAGCACCAGCGGCAAAAGAGACUCGGUGGGCAACGCACUGCUCCAGCAGAAACACGAAGACGAGCACAAUCCCGAUGUUGUUCCCAAUAAGAAUGAUUCAAACACGAGAAAUGUUGGCGUUAGCACCAUCAGUAUGGCUGGGCCGAUCAAUCUUCACUACUCUGCCGCUGGGGAGCCCAGCAGCCAAGUCUACGUUUCAGCCGCAUACACUCCAUCCCAUCUUGGUUAUACAACAGCAACUGAGCACGACGUGAUGCUGAGCCACGUCACCGUUCCUAUGAUGUUGAUGAUGAGGAGUGACGGCUCAACUUCGGCUACCUCGUCCCUGACGAGGGCCGGGCAACUUCCACAUCUGCCGCCAUCUCAUUCGACCGAUCACCAAUUCGAGAGUUACCCAACAACGACGGCGGCGGCCGGGACGUACACGGUGGGGAGUCACACGAGUGGCAAAGGCGUCAUCGUUUCCCCCGGUCGACAUCAUUCCCAUCGUCAUCAUCUCCACCAUCACCACCACCCGCUGGCCACCGUGUCCGUCAUUGAAGAGGAAUUGAGCACCGUCUCAACUCCUCUCAUGUCCAGCCAGGGCAGCGUUUCUCCGCGCGUCAUCAAUCCGCGGGAAAGUGCCGUCUGAUGAUCCCUCCCUCCACAACAACAAAAAACAAAUAACGUGUGACAAUUACAAAUUUCUCGUCUUUUUUCCUUCCUUCCAGAGGCGCAAAAAAAGUUUUAAAACAAAAGUGCUGAUGUAAAAUGUACAUAAACAGGCAAGGCGGGAUAUAAUAUGCCAUUAUUUUAUAAUUAUGUAGUAAAAAAACAAACAACAAACAAAUAUCCCAUCAUUAGGGAUUCAUGAAUGAUGAAAGGAAUAUUUCGCUGUGUGUAUAUAUGGACUCUUAACGGCAAAGUCUUGUAUGUUUGAACACACUCCAUCAUCCCGAGUGGAGAUCAUUCGUUAUAUCGAGCGAAAUCUACUUGGCUGAUUGGCAUAUCACACACACACACACACUCACUCACAGACACACACGCUGAAUCAAAGAGAAAAAUCAAUACACUCAGGCAGAGAGAUUUCAGAGCAGUACGUAGCGCU